CCCCCCUCAUCCCCGGCGAUUACGUGUCAUAUACUCUUUCUUUCUUUCUAUCUUUCUCUCUCUCUUUAUUCGUUUUGCCCCCUUCUCCCGCAUGCCCUAGAUAUCUUCUAACCCCAUCAAUCUCCUCUGCUUAACGUCCUUUUGCCUUUGAUCUACUCUUGGUUUUUGUAGAAUGGGUUUUGCUGAAUUGGGUUCUGGCUGGCUUUGUUGUUGAAUGUAUGCUCUUGAUCAAGUAAAAAGGGGCUUCAUUGAAUUAGCUUUGACUGUUCAUUCUUUGACUUCAUGAAAAUGAAUGAUUUUAUACAGCGUGGCAUUCUUUUGAGAACACUUUAUUUGUCCCUUCAUCGGUGGAUUCUGUCAUAUAAUUGGAGGUUAAACACAUGAUGGCAUGCGAUGAUCUGCCAAAUCACCCUAGCUUUUAAAUGAAACAGCCAGAUCCUAAGAUGAAGAAUAACGAAUCAUCAACUAGUGAUGUUAUAAACGGAAACUGGGUUUUAAAGCGCAAGCGGAAAAAGAUAUCUUUUGGUCCAGUCAAGUCUAAUGGCAACAAAAACGACUCUAUACCAUCGGAGUCUCAUACAAGUAGUUCGUCAAAAUGCAAGAGUAAAAAAGAAAACUCAUCUGAUCGUUCUCCUUCCAAAAAGAAAGGACAUGAUGGGUCCUAUUAUGAAUGUGUCAUUUGUGAUCUUGGUGGCGACUUGCUCUGUUGUGAUGGUUGUCCUAAAACCUAUCAUAUUACGUGCCUAGAUCCGCCGCUUAAGCGAAUCCCAAAUGGCAAGUGGCAAUGUCCAAACUGCUGUUCAGAAAAUAAUACAGUUGAGGUGGUCAACAAAUUGGAUCCUACUUCAAAGCGAGCAAGAAUGAAGAUUACACCUGGCAAAUCUAAGAGCAAAAAUAAAUCUGCAAAAACUGAUAAGGUAUCUCGAAUCUUGAGAAGCACUAAAAGGUCAUCAAGGAAAGCGAAACCAUCCUCUUUAGGCCCCAAAGAGGAUGUAUCAUCCAUGGAUGGCUCUCAAGAAAGGAGUUCAUCAUCUUCAGAUCUCAAAAAAGAACUUGAGCCUGAUUUUGAAGAAACAAAGUCAAGCUCCCCUGCCAAGUUAGUCAUGUCUCUUUCCAAGGUUAUGGAGUUGGAGAAAAAUGAAGAAAAAUCUAACAGGAAGCAUGACAGGGGUCAAUCUAAAGAAAAGAAAGAUGUUCCAAUGUUAGAAGUCUCAACCGAAAAAAGGAAAAGAAAGCGCAAGGUUCCUUCAGAUGAUGUUCAAAAGAAGCCUUGGACUGAUAAGGGGAUGACUGCUGGGGAAAGUUCUAGGAAACGUGAAAAAGUUAAUUUGGAAAUUAGUGGAACAAGUAAAUCUCAACGGAAGCGCAAGUCGGUUAAGCAUGCAAAGACUAAAUCUUUGUCCAAAACUGACAUGGGAAGUAAGAUUGACGAUACAAAGUUGAAAGGCAAGAUGGAACUUGAAGAAGCUGCAAAUCCGUCACAUGAAUCACACAAAGCAGAGAAAGUUGUCGAGUUGCUGAAAAAUUCAGAUCAUGCUCAAGACAAAAUGCAACAGGUAGAUCGUGUUUUGGGUUGUCGAAUACAAGGCACUGAGAGGAAAUCUGCUGUUUCUGCAACAGAGACUAAUGACAUGCCUUCUCAGAGUGUUGCGAUCACUGACAAUGAAAAUGGUGCAUCAGAGAAAACCCCCAGCUGUAACACAACUCCAGAUGUUCAAGAUGCUGAAAUCGUAACUGAGGGCACUAAGAAUAUUGAGAGCAGUUCAGAUCAAAUAAAUGAUAUGGUAGUAGAGAACAUAAAUGUUCCUGUGGUCAAUGAUUGUAUGGAAGAGAAUGCUAUCAGCUCAAUGAAUCAAGCCACAAAUGAUCCUGGUUCUACAGUGAUAGAUGAGAUAAAUAAAGAUGCUUCCACAUUGAUAUCGAAAGAUUUGUCAAAAAUGAUCGAGGAGAUUCCAAUUGGAGACAAUGCUGAUGUUCUUUUGAAAGUUCAUGACAAUACUGAAGUUACAAAAGGUGCGGAUCCAAUUCCUGAUCCAGAAACUAUAGAAGAUAAGAAGACGGAUUUAGAGAUGUCGGCCAAUUGUAGUCCUACAGAAGAGUCCAUCACGGAACAAUCUUUGACCUCUAACGAAAAGAUAGUAUCGUAUGAGUUUUUAGUUAAGUGGGUUGGAAAAUCUCAUAUACACAAUAGCUGGAUAUCUGAAUGUCUGUUGAAAGCUUUAGCUAAGAGGAAACUCGACAACUACAAGGCAAAAUAUGGAACAACAGUUAUAAAUAUUUGCGAAGAACAGUGGAAGCUGCCACAGCGGGUGAUUGCGCUGCGUUCAUCAACCGAUGGAUCAACUGAAGCUUUUGUAAAGUGGACUGGUCUUCCUUAUGAUGAAUGUACUUGGGAAAGGAUAGAUGAACCUGUAAUUGCGAAAUCUUCUCAUCUUAUUGAUUUGUUUAAUCAAUUUGAGCGCCGAACGGUUGAAAAAGAUGCUUCGAAGGAUGAAAUCCCGAGGGGAAAGGGCCGAGCUCAACAAAGUGAUGUAAUUACUCUCACUGAGCAGCCUAAAGAACUAGGAGGUUCAUUGUUCCCACAUCAACUCGAAGCAUUGAACUGGUUGCGCAAAUGCUGGCACAGGUCGAAAAACGUAAUACUUGCUGAUGAGAUGGGAUUGGGGAAAACGAUAUCCGCUUGUGCUUUUUUGUCAUCGUUAUACUUUGAGUUUAAUGCUCGAUUGCCUUGUCUAGUUUUAGUUCCUCUUUCCACAAUGCCUAAUUGGAUGUCGGAAUUUUCAGUAUGGGCUCCAAACCUGAACGUUGUGGAGUAUCAUGGUUGUGCACGAGCAAGAGCUUUGAUGCGCCAGUUUGAAUGGCACGCAAAUGAUCCAACUUGUUCGAAUAAGAAAACAACUAAUUAUAAGUUUAAUGUUCUUCUAACUACCUAUGAAAUGGUUCUUGCUGAUUCGACUCAUUUACGUGGAGUUCCGUGGGAAGUUCUUGUGGUUGAUGAGGGUCAUCGGCUUAAGAACUCAAGUAGUAAGCUUUUCAGCUUACUUAAUACCUUUUCCUUCCAGCAUCGUGUUCUUUUGACGGGUACUCCUCUCCAGAACAACAUAGGGGAGAUGUAUAACUUGCUAAAUUUCUUGCAGCCAUCUUCCUUCCCUUCUUUGUCGUCAUUCGAGGAUAGAUUUAAUGAUCUUUCGACUGCCGAAAAGGUAGAUGAACUGAAGAAACUCGUUGCUCCACACAUGCUUCGGAGGCUUAAGAAAGAUGCUAUGCAGAAUAUACCCCCAAAGACUGAGCGUAUGGUUCCUGUUGAGUUGUCUUCCAUUCAAGCAGAAUAUUAUCGGGCAAUGUUGACAAAGAACUAUCAGAUAUUGCGCAACAUAGGAAAGGGUAUUCCUCAGCAAUCAAUGCUGAAUAUCGUGAUGCAACUGAGAAAAGUUUGUAACCAUCCUUAUCUAAUACCUGGAACUGAACCUGAAUCCGGAUCGGCGGAGUUUCUUCAUGAUAUGCGUAUUAAGGCAUCAGCUAAGCUAACUUUGCUACAUUCUAUGCUUAAGAUCUUGAACAAGGAAGGUCACAGGGUCCUCAUAUUUUCACAGAUGACAAAACUUCUUGAUAUCCUGGAGGAUUAUUUGAACAUCGAAUUUGGCCCCAAAACAUUUGAGAGAGUUGAUGGUUCUGUUUCCAUAGCUGACCGGCAAAUGGCAAUUUCACGCUUUAAUAAGGACAAGAGCCGGUUUGUCUUUCUAUUAUCAACCAGAUCUUGUGGACUUGGCAUCAAUUUGGCAACGGCGGACACUGUCAUAAUCUAUGAUUCUGACUUCAACCCACAUGCUGAUAUCCAGGCAAUGAAUCGUGCACAUCGUAUUGGCCAAUCAAAAAGGCUUCUUGUAUACAGACUUGUUGUCCGAGCUAGUGUUGAAGAAAGAAUUCUGCAGUUAGCAAAGAAGAAAUUGAUGCUCGAUCAGCUUUUUGUAAACAAGUCUGGAUCUCAAAAGGAGGUCGAGGAUAUCUUAAGAUGGGGAACGGAGGAACUCUUUAAUGAUUCUUCCACACGAGCUGGGAAAGAUAUAAGCGAAAACAACAUCAACAAAGGGGAAGAAUCUGUAGCUGCAGAACACAAGAAUAAGAGGCGGACUGGGGGUCUGGGAGAUGUGUACCAGGAUAAGUGCACAGAUGGGAAUACCAUGAUUGUGUGGGAUGAAUCUGCUAUAGUAAAGUUGCUUGACCGUUCAAAUCUUGACUCUGUUUCAACCGAUAAUCCUGAAGGUGAUGUAGAAAAUGAUAUGCUUGGCUCAGUGAAGUCUUUGGAUUGGAAUGAUGAAUCAACUGAAGAACAAGGAGGAGCUGAAUCGCUUGUGGACGUAAUUGAUGAUUCUACUGCCCAAAAUUUAGAAAAGAAAGAAGAUAGUUCAGGAAAUGUUGCUGAAGUAAAUGAAUGGGACAGGCUUCUUCGAGUGAGAUGGGAGAAAUACCAGAGUGAGGAGGAAGCUGCGCUUGGUCGAGGAAAAAGGCAAAGAAAGGCUGUUUCAUACAGGGAAGCAUAUGCUCCACGGCCUAUUGAGAUGUUAGAGAAUGGUGGUGACGAGGAGCCAGAACCAGAGCCCGAGCGUGAAUAUACACCAGCUGGACGAGCCCUUAAAACUAAGUUUGCUAAGCUUCGAGCCAGACAAAAACAAAGGUUGGCUCAGAGGGAUGCUAUUAGAGAAGCCCUUCUCACUGAAGGACCCCAAAACAGCGGCCUAAUGUGGAGAUCAGAUCAACCAACAGGAGAGAAGUCUUCAACAUUAAGAACAGAAGACAAGUCAAUGAGCAAGGUGCGAAAUAGAAACUUGCUGCCGGUUCUUGGGCUAUGUGCUCCAAAUGCUAAGCUAAUGGAGUCAUCUCAGAGGAACACUUUUAAAUCUUCCAGCAGAAACAAGCAGCACGGGAUAGGACUUGAAUUCCCUUUUCACCUAGCACCUUGCUCUGGGACCUCCAAUGAUGUUGAAGCCAAACCUCAUGGGACCAUAGACACCUUUUCUGACACACUCCAACAUGGCCCAAAGAUUGGUGGACCUCCAUUUACUUCGCAGGCUCUAGUUCCACCACCUGGGAAAGGAGCAGAGGGUUCAGAGAGCUCUGCUGAUGCUUUAUCUCAUUCUCAUGAAAGGAUUUUGUUGCCGAAACUACCCUUUGACGGGUCGUUGCUGUCCAAGUUACCGUUGCCGUCAAGAAACCUCAGUCAUCACCAACCUGACUUGUUUCCCAGUUUAACUUUAGGGAGAUCAAUUGGAGAAUUAAGUGCAUCUCUGCAAGAUUUCUGCACAAUCCCAUUUUUGCCCAAUUUGAGAUUCCCCCAGCAAGAGAUGGAGGCCCUGGCUCUCCCCAUGUUGGGUUUGGGUCAGAUUCCACCAUCAUUUUCUUCAUUUCCUGAAAACCACAGGAAGGUUCUCGAGAACAUAAUGAUGCGAACUGGUUCUGGAUCAGGGAACCUACUAAAAAGGAAGCUUGUGAAAGAUUUCUGGUCGGAAGAGGAACUUGAUUUUUUGUGGAUUGGUGUUCGUAGACACGGACGGGGUGGUUGGGAGACCAUGCUGCGAGAUCCGAGGCUUAAAUUCUCCAGAUUUAGGACAGCGGAAGACUUGGCAGCAAGAUGGGAAGAAGAACAGCUCAAGGUGUUGGAUAUGCCAACUAAAAAGCAAUCAAAUGCCACGAAAUCUGGGAAAUCUCCAGCAUUUCCAAACAUCUCCGAUGGAAUGAUGAAACGGGCAUUGCAUAGAAGUAGAUUUGCUGCUGCUCCACCAAGUUUCCAUCCGCACCUGAUGGAUAUGAAAUUAGGUCUAGACGGUCCUUCGACAUCUGGUUUACAACAUAUGGAAAACCCAGAUCCACGUGGAUUCCAACAAGACAGUUUUCCUCCAAUUCCGACAUGGAUUCCUGACAGGUUUCGUGCAAACUUUUCUGGAGAAUCAUCAUCAGGGCACUUUGAACCAGUUCUUCUGAAUCCGUUUGGAACCAGUAGCUUGGGUUCUCUUGAUCUGAAUGGUUCAGGGGUCCUCGAUUUACAGAAAAGGGAGGAAGAACAACAUGCUAAUGGACGUUGGAAAAUGCCAAAUUUCAUUGAUAGCGAGUCUCAGUUAAGGAAUGUAGGCAAUCUGAAGGAGAAGGAUGAGAUUGGUGGGAAUAGUUCUUCGGAGAACACCAAACUACCUCAUUGGCUUCGAGAGGCUGUAGGUGUUCCUGCUCGGCCUCAAGAACCUCAAGAACCCCAACUGCCACCUACCGUAUCUGCAAUAGCACAAUCAGUGCGUUUGCUAUAUGGAGAUGAAAAACCAACCAUUCCUCCGUUUAUUGCUCCUGGCUUGCUCCCUUUGCCGCCAAAAGAUCCUCGCCGGAUUUUGAAGAAGAAGAAGAAAUGCAGCAGCUCACAUGGAGGACUCAACCAACCACAAUCAGAUGGUGGACAUGAUGCUUCUACUUCAGGAAGUAAGGCGGCACCACCACCACCAUUGCCGGAGUUUCCACAAUCAACAUCCGGACCAUCUUGGACUGAACCAGACCUGAAUUUAGUACCACCAGACAAUGAAGAUAUGGUGGUGGCACCACCGUCUCCACCAAAUUCAACUCCAGAAAGUGAAACAAGCUUUCUUGAAAGCAAAGAGACUCCAAUGGCGAUGGACUCAAAAGAAGAAGAGAAGGCGAGUGGGGAGUUGAGCAACAGCCGGUUGGAUCCGGCACCGGAGGUUUCGUCUGAAGGGACAGUAUCAGAUGAUUGUGCAGGUGGAGGUGGAGGUGAGGAUGAAUGUUGACGGGUGUGACCCUAUUUUUGUAGGCAUAUAUUGCAGUUAAGUAGCGAAAUAUAGGAUUUUGUUUGUAAAAUUGUGUAAGAAAAAAGGAUUGAAAUAUAUGCAUGCUGUAAUUGUACAUCCGCGGAAGGAAGGAGGGUAUUUUGGACAGUUAGUAAUUAUAAAGUUAAAUUGUUUUUACAAUGGUUGCUU